CCCUGCUGAUCUCCGUCAGCACUGCCGUGGACAAGAUUGUCGCCCACUUCAGCACUGCGCGGAACCUAGUACAGAAGGCCCAGCUGGGAGACAGCCGGCUUAGCCCGGAUGUAGGGUACCUGCUGCUGCACACCCUCUGCCCUGCGCUCUACGCCUUGGUGGAGGACGGGCUGAAGCCGUUCCAGAAGGAUGUUAUCACAGGCCAGAGGAAAAAUUCCCCCUGGAGCGUGGUGGAAGCCUCCGUGAAGACAGGCCCCAACACCCGCUCUCUCCAGUCCCUAUGCUGGCACGUGGCCGGGCUGGCCCCUCUCAACAGCACCAGACAGAAGUUUCACGCCUUUAUCCUCGGCCUUUUGAACAUUAAGCAGCUGGAGCUGUGGGUCUCUCACCUGCAGAAGAGCCCAGGUAUAAUCUCUGUGCUCUAUUCACCCACGGCCUUCUUUGCCCUGAGCCAAGGCCCUCUUCCGCACCUCGCUGAUGAACUCCUGCUGCUCAUCCAGCCCCUCUCGGUGCUGACUUUCCACCUUGACCUGCUCUUUGAACACCACCACCUCUCCGUAGAUGUAAGACCCUUGUCUCGUCGCCUGGAGUCACCCGUGUCUCCUGCCCCUGCCCUGCAGCAGACCUUCCAGCAUGUGUUGCGCUGGGGUGACCAGAUCAGUCGCACUUUCCUGGGAUCUGACAGCUCCCCGGAGACCCACAGGCCUGAGGCAGGCCCUGGGGACACCGGGGCUGGCCUCGGUGGCUGGUGGGGCCAGCUGAGUCAGGCCUCCAGGAUUUACAUUGCUCCUGGCAAGGAAAAGUUCCCCUUUGUUUGGUGGACAAAGAUACGGAUGGCUGCGGGGGAUUCCGUCCCUGGCCAGGCUGUGCGACCCCAAACAUCUGUGAAUGAACCUGGAGGCACAGAGCUGCAGCUCCUUCAGACCAAAGCUGUCCCUGAACUCUCUGGUCCAAAGCCCAGCAGCAGUGCUGACACCUCGGGGACCUCUUCCCCUGAAGACCUCAUCGUGCCUGCUGGAGCACCCACCAAGCUAGAUGAUCCCGCUGCUGGAGAGAAACUCCUGGCUGUUUCCCCAAAGCCUCGUGUGAAUAGGAAUGAAGCAGCACCUUCUAAUCCAGAGGCGAGUGGUCCUCCUGGUCCUGACGCGUCUGGCUGGGCCGUCUCUUUGGAGCCACUGGCUCCUCUGCCAGGAGCUUCCCUCCCAGUCCUGACACCAUCUCAGCUAGGUCCAGUCCUGCGGGAGCCUCUCGCUCCUGGGGUCCCUGGGGUGGUGGAUCUCCGGUGGUGUUUAUUGUGCAGGGCAGUUCGGGCACUGUGUGACCACACAGGCACCGCCGAUGGUCACCUGAGCUUCCAAAAAGGGGACAUCCUGCAGCUGCUCUCCACUGUGGAUGAAGACUGGAUCUGCUGCUGCCGUGGAAACAGCACCGGCCUAGUGCCUGUCAGUUACACGUCCCUGGUUUUGUGA